GCGCCCGCGGCGGCCCCGCGCGCCGCAGCGCCUGCCGCGCGGGCCCCGGGCGCCCUCGCCGGGCCGCGCCUGCGGCCCCGGCGCCCGCCAGCCGGCCCGCCGCGGGCCGGCGGGGGCGCGCCGCUCGGGGCGCGGGGGCGGCUGCGCCGGCCUCCGGCGGCGGGCGGCGAGGCGGCGGCGCAGCCGAGGGGGCGGCCAGGAGCCACGGCCGCCGGCUGGCUGUACCUGGCCCUCGGGGCCGCCUUCGCGGCCUCGCUGGUCGCGACCUGUCGGCGAUUCCCGCUGGUGCCGCUGCAGCCCCGGAGCGCCAGCUGGUCGUUCGCCUGGCUGCUGCAGACCAUCUGGGAUUAUUACGCGACGGCGCUGUGCCUUUGCGGAGUGGUCAUCGCCACCGAGGGCUGGAUGGCCGGGACGCUCUGGUCCCUCGGCAUCCUGUUGCUCGGCUCGUCCUUCUCCUGCGCCUAUGUUGCCCUGCGGCUGCUCAGACGCGGUACGUUGGCUCUCCGCGCCAAGCCGGGCGCGCCGUGA